AUGAGACGAAGACGGCGUCAGAUGGAGUCACGCUCGAGAUCGCGCGAAGGUGACGAGUCGGCCCGUGGGCUUUUUCAAGAGCCUUGCAUGAGGCAGCUGAGGAUAGAGGACUGUCGAGCUGUCUUCCGAUCCAACAAGGCAGCCAUUCAUGCAUCGCAAUCGGAGAUCAAGGCAGUUUGCGCCCAACUGUCGAAAGCCCUGAAAGCCGAAGCCCUGGACAGCGUUGUCCUGGACCUGCUGAGACGGCUUUCGGUCUACAUGCAUCCACUUCGAGGGCAUAGAAUGCUGGAGUAUUUGCGCCAUACAGGGGCUGUGCCGCUUGUUAAAGCGGUGAGACGUGACUGUGGAAAAGAAGUUUCAGGCUUUGCAUCCCGGCUUUUGGACUCGUGGAAAGCGGUCCUGAUCCAGUUGCAGAAGAAGCAACAAGCAACGGCUACAACGAGCGCUUCAAAGCCCUGUGCUGAAUUUGCGGCUGCCCCCAGCUCGUCCGCAGCACGGCAGCCAGAGAGUCGCGGAAAGACCCUUUUGGUCUCUUCCUCCUCGUCCUCCAGUGCGUCCACUAGCUCCGACUCGGAAGCUUCGAGCAAACGACGGACAGCUCAAACCGGAGGAAGAGGGCCCAUGAUGUGCACAGCUUUCAUGAACCCUUCCAGUAGAUGA